GGACGCUACUGGAUUGCAAAUAUUAAUUUAUCGUUGAAAUAAGGGCAAUGUAUAGAUCUGGUUUCAUACUAAGCGCGUCACGUCCAGUCCGAUCGCGUCAAGACUUGUCAAGACUGAUUGCGACUCAGCCGGUUGAAUUUUUAAUGCCAGUCUUGACAGUCGUGCACUUCAGAAUGGAUGUGGAAACCUUGAUUUCAUUAGUGCAAGCAAAAGAGGCAAUCUACGAUCCUAAACACCCGAAGCACAGAGAUCGUGAUUUCAUUGCUGCCGUGUGGAGAGGCAUAGCCAGAGAAUUAAACACAACUGACGCAGAGGUCAAGGCAAAAUGGCAAAAUUUACGAAGCAAUUACAUGCGAGAAAAACGAAAACUGAAAAGUGUCCCUUCUGGGGCCGCUACAAACAGUGUCCCGAAAAUAACAUGGCCGUAUUUUAAGUUCCUGUGGUUUUUGGAUCCUACAUUAAAACAUAAAGCAACGUCGGGAAACGUUCCGGAAUCCGUCACUGCCAAUACUGAUGACACUUCUGAGGGUCACAUUGAGUCGCAAGAUGAGCUUCAAGAAGAAAGCCAACAGUCGCCCCCAGACUCGCCACGAGCGCUUGAAGAAGACUUUCAUCAGCAGGCAUACGACGUCAUUCGUACAUCAAGUUGCGCUACUCCUGCUUUUGGCUCACUCACUCGAAGGAAACGACAAAUUCAGACAAAUGAAACGGAAAAUGCAAUGCAAGACGUUCAACGCGAGACACAGGGGGAUCGUCAGGAGACGUAUCCAGACAUUCGUUCGCCAAGUGGUUCCACACGUUCUGAUGACUUACUACUUCGGGGGAAAAGACAAAAGAAAAAAAUUGAUACCGAAAAUGAAAUUGAUAGGCAAUACCUUAAACACCUACAGGCAAUUUCGGAUAACGCGAAAGAUGGCCAAGAUCCGGACUUAUUGUUUCUACGAAGUUUACUUCCAUCCAUGAAACAACUUGGACCUCUCGAAAAUUUAGAAUUUAAAGGCGAAGUCAUUAAUUUAUUACAGACAAAGAUACGUUGUCAAUCGAAUCCACCAUCAGUCGCUGCUUCUACAUUUUCCCAUUAUUCCGCUAGUAGUGCACAUUCGCUAGAAGAACUGGCUGAUGACAUUACACCCACAAAUACUUUGGAGUCGUAUGUACUGCAUACUUUUAAAUAG